AUGGCAAGACAAGAUCAAGCCCUGAUACUCAAAAACCAAGAGGCUUCAAUGAGAAAUCUUGAGAGACAGAUGGGACAAAUGGCUAAACAAAUUACAGAGAUAAGUGAAAAGCGAGCAAAUGCACUCCCUGGUACCACUGAAAAUAACCCGAAAGACAUAGGAAAAGGCAUCAAAUGGGAAGAGUGCAAAGCAAUCACUUUGAGAAGUGGAAAGAAAGUGGAGAAAGAAGCUAUUACUCAAGAAAAGCACAACAAAGAAGGCUCAAAAGAAGAAGUGAAGGAACAAGAACUUCCCACACAGAAUGACAACUCAACCAAGAAGAAGGUAGUGGAAGCAUACCAACCAAUGCUACCAUAUCCUCAAAGGGAGUGUAGUGCCAUCAUCCAGAGAGAAUUGCCAAGGAAGAGGAAGGACCCAGGAAGCUUUCAUAUCCCCUGCACCAUAGGCAACAUGAUAAUUGAGAGAGCAUUUUGUGACCAUGGUGCAAGCAUCAAUCUGUUGCCUCUAUCCUUGAUGAAGAAGCUUCAAAUUCAUGAAUUGAAAUCCACACAAAUAGCCCUCCAAAUGGCAGAAAAAUCCAUUAAGCAAGCACUUGGACUUGUGGAAAAUGUUUUGGUAAAGGUGGGAAAAUUUUUCCUCCUAGUUGACUUUGUCAUUCUAGACAUAGAGGAAGAUCAUAACACUCCCGUCAUUUUAGGGAGACCUCUCCUAUCUACAGGCAGAGCCUUAAUAGAUGUUGAGAAGGGAGAAUUAAUGCUGAGAGUGUACGAAGAGCAUAUAGUGUUUCAUGUCUUCAAGAGUUUGCAAGAUCCCAAUCAAGAAGAAGAGUGUAAGAAGAUUGAUUUGAGAGAUCCAAACUUGGAAGAGGCACCUGAUUAG